AAAUUGCCCCAGCAAUGAUUGCUAGAUAUGAACAGAUGGCUUUAACCUCCUUUUUAUGCGGAAUCAAUUCCAAAUAUCAUUGCGUUGCAUUACAACCACCUCCUAAAAAUAUAGAUGAAGCUAAGAGACGGUGCCAAGAACACGACAACCUUUUGCAAACCAAACAAUAUAAAGAGUUUCUCGUCACUAAGUCUAAGCCUCAGACAAAUAAACCUACAAAAACAAAGUCCGCCCAUGCAAGGAAACUGAAGCCGAGAACGUGGAGGACCUGA